GCAGGCUGAGUUUCGCUUUCGCUUCGCGGCUGCUCUCUCCGCGGGCGGGCGCCGGGGAGAGGAGAGGAGGAUGCCGCGCGCAGGGGAGGCGGGCUGGGCGCUGCGCUGCCCGCGCCUUGCCGAUGGUGGUGGCUUGCCCGGCCGAGGAAGAAGCGGCCCCUGAUCGCCGCAGCAGCCCGCGAUGCGCGUCUGUUGGUAGACGCUGGGCAAGAAGGCUGUGCUUGGCCAGGCAUCUCUCUGUAAAUGCAGCCAUGACUCGGAGCCCCCAGAAGUGCUGCAAACAUGAAGGACACAACUUGGGCUUUCCAUCGAGUGUGAGGUAGACAGCACCAUUGAAGCUGAGGAUCAUUUUCAGAGAAAAGCCUCCAUUCCAGAUGGACGAUGUGGACCUCCAGGAGGCCAUCAAGUCUGCUUGGCCUCAACUGGUGGACUUCCUCAGCCUCACUCCCGAGUGGGUGAUGGAGAAAGCCAAGCGGCUUCUCCCGCAGAUGGACUUGAAUCGAGUCGAGGGAGUGGCUAACCCCAAAGAGAAGGUCUCCUUGGUCUUGGACAUGUUUUUGAGCACUGUGGAUGCUCCCAUCUUGAAAGAGUUCAUGCAAAGCGUCUGUAUGGAAUGCAACCUUCCCAUGGACCUGGAAAUCGUGUUCAUGUGUGCAUCAGGAGGAGGUCUUGUAACCCAAGGGCAAGAGGUUUUCACAGAAGCCGCUGCACAGCUCCCAUCAACAUCAAGGCCUGAAAGACGCCGUCCGUGGAUCAGUCCUCCCACCAACAACAACUGCAAACAGUCAAAACAGCAACGGCUAGAUGCUGCUGAAAGAUACCGGCAACUCAUCAUCACAUCAAUGCUUCAAAGAUAUGAAAUUAAUAAACAGGCAGAAGCAACACAAGCAGAAGUUCAGCCAACAGCAUUCAGCCAAGCUUUUGUCAACCUUGUGAUUCGUCAGAGCAAAGCCUGCAGAAUAAAGGGAAAGGUGGAUAAAGCCAAGGAAGAGCUAAUAGCUCUUCAUGAUGGAGAGGAGCACAGUGACGCAACCAUGAGAUUGUCCGACCUGUUUGAAAGUGUUCACACGGAUGCCACCAAGGUUGUUCUUCUGUUGGGCAAGCCAGGGAUGGGGAAAACAAGACUUAUGCAUAAAAUUUGCCAGCAGUGGGCUGAGGGAAACCUCCAGCAGUUCCAGUUGAUUUUCUUCUUUGAAUUCAGGCAACUGAACCUGAUAAGCAGAAGGCUUACUCUACGGGAACUUUGCUUUGAUUUCUUCCACCGGCCGGAAGAUUGCCCUGAUGCAGUAUUUGAGCACCUCCUAGAGAAUGCCCAGCACAUGCUACUGAUCUUUGAUGGGCUGGAUGAGUUUGUGGGGAACAUUCAGCCACUGGUCUCUUCCAACGUGUUCCCCAACUGUCUCAGCCCUCUCUCCAUAUCUGAACUCUUUGCCAGUCUCUGCCAUGGAAAACUCUUGUGUGGUUGCACCGUGCUGGUCACAACGCGGCCUAAAAUGCUCCCGGCUCCUUUACUGAAAACCAUCACCCUUCUAGCAGAAAUCUGGGGGUUUGACCGUGAAAAGGUUGAGGAGUAUGCUGGCUAUUUUUUCCACCAGCAUUCCUUGAAGCAACGAGCCAUUGCUCAUCUGAAGAGUAACAGCGAACUACUGAGCUUGUGCUACAUCCCCGCCUUAUGCAACAUUGUCUGCAUCUGCCUGGAAUAUCUGCUGCUUCAAGAUGCGGGAAGCGUCCAGCUUCCUCAAACCAUGACCCAGUUUUACAUCAAGAUGCUUCUGAUCUUUAUAGGCAAGCAGCAGAGCUCAAGUGGUGUGAGUGAAGAAGUCUAUUUGCAUCGACAGCAAGCCACCAUUGUAGGGCUGUGUGAGUUGGCCUUCAAAGGCCUAGAGGAGAGAAAGAUGCUCUUUUAUGCAGAUGAGGUCCCCCAACAUGUGAAGGAUUUUGCCUGUCUCUAUGGGCUCUUGUUGGCCUUUGAGGUAAAGACGAGCAGUGGCCACUCGCAGGCCGGUUAUACCUUCGUCCAUUUCAGUUUGCAAGAGUUCUUGGCUGCACUUUUCAUGUUGACGAGCAAAACUGUCGACCACAACUGUCUCAAGCAGAACUUCUUCCUGAGGUCAAAGUGGAUGUUAAAGAAGGAAGCAAAGAUGGCUUUUACUGAGAACUGCCAUGUUUUCCUAUCAGGCCUUUCAUCCCAAGGGUAUCGGCAAUAUCUUAGCUCCCUAGCUGGGCAAAACGAGACCUGGAUUCAGCAGCGGCAGGCCAUGGUCACUGAGAUGCUGGGGAGACUCGCAUCGGCCAGUUUAACCGGGCCCAGAAUCAUUGAGCUGUCCCACUGUGUCCAUGAGGCCCAGAACCUUGAGUUAGCCCGGCAUGUUGGGAAACAGUUAAACUUCACAUUUCAGUUUAGGAACUUCAGGCUCAUGCCGCUGGAUGUGAUGACACUAACCUUUGUCAUCAGCAGCAGCCAUGAUUUGGUAUGCUUGGAUUUUGUCGGCUGUCCCAUUGAACUGGACUAUUUGGAUGUCUUAGCCAGUUGUGAAAAUAUAAAGAGCUUGAGCUUUAGGAGCAGGAAGUGCGGAAAUGAGUUUGCUGCAGUCCUUUCCAAAAACCUCCCCAAGAUCAAAUGCCUGACAGCAUUCCAGUUAGCAGGUGGAAAUCUCACAAUCCCAGGACUUAAAGAUCUGAUACAAGCUUUUCCAAACUGCCAUCAACUUGAAGACAUAAGCUUGCAGGACAACAAGAUGAAGGGACGAGAAAUGAACAAGAUCAUGGAAAUAUUUUCUACUGUAAAGAAGCUGAAGAAGUUGGAUUUAAGCCACAAUGAGAUUUCGGCAACCACCGUUCUUGAUUUCGCCAGAGCAGCUGCAGUUUACCCAAACAUUACCAAGCUCCUGAUAAGGAAGAACAUUUUAAUAAUAAAUUUCACUGGCCAAUUUGAACAAGAUCCAAGCUUUCAGCCUUCAGGAAUAAAGAAAGAAGAAGCUGUUCCUCAAACCAGAAUUUUAAGUUUACGAUUGCAGGAUUGCCAUCUGAAUUUUCACCAAGCAGAGAAGCUGGCUGACAUUCUCAGGAGGUGUCCCCACCUUUCCGAAAUGGAUUUCUCAGGUAACCAGCUUAGAGAUGAAGGAUGCAGAGAGCUGGUGAAGGUGCUGCCUGAAAUGUGCAUUUCUGGACAGCUGAAUUUAAGCAACAACCGGCUGUCUCUGAAGAGCACUUUCUGCCUACUGAAUUCAAUGAGCCUUUGUCCAAAUAUAGUGAAGCUUGAAGCCAGCCUUAACUCUCAAACUGCAAUCUUGACUCUUGUGGGCAAUGAAGUUGGUGAUGGCCUGCACCCCAGGAGUAGAGCUUUUAAUGAUGAGCAGUUCAGCAGUGACCAAAAACAGACACCAAAGACAUCAAGGAAAAUAUGCCUGAUAGGAAAUAAAUUCCAUGGUGAAGAUCUGAGGAACAUGUGCUUGGAAUUGAGAAGAUGCAGUUGGGUAUCUGAGUUAGACUUGUCGGAUAAUUCUCUAGGGGACCAAGGUGUAUUGAAGGUGGCGGAACUCCUCCCAGAUCUGAAAAUGUUGUGUUCUUUAAAACUGAAUCAUAAUCACAUAACCCUGAAUGGUGUCUUUGGCUUGGGGAAAUUCUUCUCUGCCCUGGAACAGAUGACCUCGAUGCAUUUAGGUUUGGGAAGUACCCAGUCAGUGCACUUAAUCUUUGGGGAAAGAAUCAGUCGCAGCCUGGCCAGUGAGGACCAAGGGAAGCUCUUGGAUCAUCUACAUCCCUCCAAACAUGGACGCUACUUUUGUCUCGAGGACUGCAUGAUGGGCGCAGGAGAUGUGGACCAACUCUUUAAGAUUCUGACCCUGAGUUCCGGGUUGGCAGAGAUCAAUUUAUCUCGGAGCUUGCUGGAUGAUCAAGGCGUUGAACGACUCCUGAAGUUCCUGCCCCAUCUAGACAGUCUGAAGCUCUUGGGCAUCAGGAGUAGCACAUUUUCAGCACAUUGUGUUUGCCUGCUGGCCAACUCCUUCAACCUGUGCAAGCGAAUCUGUGAUGUAGAAGUCAGAUCAAGCAAAAAUGCUUCUCUGCAUUUUGUGGAAAGUCACGAAAGUCAGGAAAUAUCCUGCAGGCUGACAGACUGUGGCAUAGGCCAGGGUGAUAUCCAAGACCUUUGUAUUGCUCUUGAGAAGUGUGACCGUCUAGCAGAACUGGAUCUUUCUGGGAACCAUCUUGGCAAUGAAGGACUGAAGUGCCUCUUAGAACAUUUGCCCAGGAUCAGAGCUUCCUGCCUCAUGAAAAUCGACCACAACGGAAUCUCACAGGAGGGAAUUCUCCACCUUGUUAACGCCCUUGCCAGGUGCCACAAUGUAGCUGAAGUCCAUGCCAGCUUGAGCCCUCAGGAGAUUUUGCUUAUCAUAUUAGGGAGAGAAGAUCAGUCUCAAAAGAUCUUGAGGCUAGCGGAAUGCGGCUUCCGGGCAGAGCAUCUGUUGCAGCUGUCUGCUGGGCUGGGAACAUGCCUUGCCUUAAGCACUUUCAUAUCAACUAACAACGGCAUGGCGCUCAGAGAUGCAGAGGACCUGUGCAGAGCCCUGAGGAGACCUACAGGCAUGCUGAGAAUCAGCAUAGAAGAGCCGUGGGUGAAAGACCAGAGUAUCAGCGCUCUGCAGAAGUUGGCUGCCGAAGUCCAGGGAAACCUUACAAAAAUCACGAUAAGAAGAGAUGGAGCUCUCUUUGGAGUGGAGCAGGAAUUUCCUUGUCAAGCGGAGUCUGUGGUUAGCAGGCUACAUCAUUGUGAAUUAGAAGAAUUCCACUUUCUGCCAAAACUCAUUGAGAAAUGCAGCCAGCUCCAAGCAUUAAGCUGGUCUCAGGUACAGCUCAUGGAUGCAGAAGCGGCAACUCUCGCUGACACCUUACAGUAUUCUCCAGCACUGAAGAGGCUCGAGUUGUUGAGUUGCAGAAUCCUUCCUACUGGGACAAAGACCUUGGCUAAAGGAUUGCGUCAGUGCCAUCUCAUCGAGAACAUUGAUUUUUCCAAAAGCGAGCUCGGCACAGAUGGGGUGGAUACUCUAGUGAGUGCUCUCGAAGGAAAACUUCACCUGAAGAGCAUAAACCUCAGCUCUCUGGACCUUGACAAUGCAGGUGUUCUGCUGCUGACCUCAAGACUCCCCACAAUGCCUCUUCUGGGACGACUCCUUUUGAACAACAACAGUCUUGGCAGUGAAGCUUGUUGCCAUCUUACAAAAGCUUUGAAGGACGCCAUUCACAUGGAGGAAAUUGAUUUAAGCCACAACAAGAUAGAUGAUGCUGGCGUGAAGGAAAUAGCUGCAGCUGUUCCGGGGCUACAGAACAUGAAGCAAAUCAACCUCUCGGGUAACAACAUCAGCUCUGCUGGAGGGCAGUGUUUUGUGGAAGCUCUAGCUGACUGCAAGCAUCUGGAAGAGCUCAGGUUAUCUGCAAACAGUAUUGGAAAUGAGACUUUGGAAAAACUAGCUCAAGUUCUUCCUUGCAUGCACCAGUUGAAGGUCCUUCACCUGUCCUCCUGUGGCAUUGACUCUGAGGGAGUUGCCCACUUGGCCACAGCCCUGUGCCGAUGUCCCCAAAUGGAGGAGAUCAGUUUGUCAGAAAACAGUGUUGGCUCUGAAGGCAUCGAAGCCCUGGCGGAGUGGCUGCCCCAGUCCCCACAGCUCAGGACAAUUGAACUGAAGUGCUGCAGAAUCGAUGACCGUGCUUCCAGACCUCUUGCCCUUGGUGUUAGCCGCUGCCAUUUCCUGGAAGAAAUUGUCCUGUCCUGGAACAGCCUUGGGGACCAGAGCGCCCUGGAACUGGCCAAAGUUCUCCCGGGAAUGAAGAGGCUAAGCGUGAUGGAUUUGGACAACAACCGGAUCACAGAGUGUGGUGCCAGAAGCCUGGCCGAGGUGCUUCCUCAGUGUCGAGGAAUCCGGUGUGUGCGAUUGUGGCGCAAUCGGAUUCCUAAGGACAUUGAAGAAAAUCUGAGGAAGCAAGAACCCCGGAUGCAUUUCUCUUUCUUUUAAGAGGGGGAUAUCCUUAUAAAGUCCCCAUUGGUGACAGAUGUGCUGUUGAUUCAGGAAAAGCAGCCAGAAAACUGUGAGAUGGUCUCAGGGUACACACAUGCUUUUGGUGUCAUUUAAAAGGAACCCAAAGUUAUCAUUAUGUUCCUGUUAACAUGGCCAGAAACAAUCCGACAACUUCUGAGCAUGAAAACCUCCCAGCCGAAGACACAAGAUGCUGGGACUUGCAGAAACCUAGCAUCCAGUUUUAUAACAUCCAACAGGGAUGGAUAGCAAGUGGUUUAGUCCGGGCUGCAUUCUGAAAAUAUGUCAGAAUUCUUCCCAAAGGUCACUUUGGGUUCUGCAACCUGUAUAAAGCAUGGGAUUACAGAGAGGCAGUCUUGUGGUAGCGAACAUGGAUUGUGUCCUUUGCUAAGCAGGGUUCACAGGUGACUAUAUGUUAGCACUGUCUGCUGUAAGAUAUUCUCCUUUGGUGAUGUGGCUGGGGUUGUAGCUCAGUGACAGAACUUGUGCUUUGCACAAGAAGGUUCCAGGUUCACUCCCUGGCAGCAUCUCCAGGAAGAUGGACCAUGGGUCUGACUUGAUAGAAGACAGCUCUCUAUGUUGGUAUGGCUAUCAGUAUUUUGUUAACUUAUACUUUGUGUAAUUUAUUUUGCUUUUGCUUAUCAUGGGGGAAGGCAAGGAGUUCUGCAGAGCACGGAAGCCCUUCUGUCUCCCUUCCCCCACUCACAUUGCCAUCAGACUUCACAUGCUAGAAACUUGUAGGAUGUUGAAAAAAGAAAUCCAAGCGGGGAUCCUUAGAAAUUCUAAGAAUCCCUCACAUUCUGUGCUUUUUUUCCUGCCCUUGAGAAGAAUACACCCAGUUCUACCUCAAGUUUUUGAUGGUGUCCACAUACUUUAUUUUUCCAAAUUUAUUUCUGUUGUGACCCAUCCUGAGUCUUUGGGACAGAGCAAGGUAGAAAAAACAGAGAAUCUAAUGACGCAGUGAGCAUGGAUGUGAAAUGCAGGGGUGAAAAGAUUCCCCCCACUCCGUUCCUUCAUUGUUCCGGAGUUCACUCACAGUCCUCUGGGUGAAAUUCAGAAAUAAAAGAAAUGGAGCUUGUCCAAAAUAGGUCCCCCAGCUUUUGGGACUACAACUCUCAUCAUCCCCUAGAAUAAUGGGGAUAAUGGGAGUUGUAGUCCCACAACAUCUGUGGAUUCAAGUUUGACAGUCCUGGCCUGAAUAUGUCUGUUCAGCUAAGGAAAUCAGACCAGGUAAUUCAGAACUUCAAAAUGCGGAAAGAAAUUUGGGUGAGGAGAACAAGACUUCCCAAUGUAGAUAAUGCAACAGGAAAUCCAUAAAAGAGCCCACAGUAGCGUUGUGUGUUUUUGGACACAUCCUUUCCCCAAAGCUCAUAAGAACAGCCCUGCUGGAUCAGGCCCAAGGAGGCCCAUCUAGUCCAGCAUCCUGUUUCACACAGUGGCCCACCAGAUGCCGCUGAGAAGUCCACAAGUCCAAGAGGUGAGGGCAUGCCCUCUCUCCAGGUGUUGCUCCCCUGCAACUGGUAUUCAGAGGCAUCCUGCCUCUGAGGCUGGAGGUGGCCCAUAGCCCUCCAACUAGUAGCCAAUGAUAGACCUCUCCUCCAUGGAGUUAUCCAAACCCCUCUUAAAGCCAUCCAGGUUGUUGGCUGUCACCACAUCAUUAUGUUAUGUGAGAGGGAGAAGAAUUUCUCUCUCUCCACUUUCUCCACACCAUGCAUGAUUUUAUAGACCUCUAUCAUGUCUCCCCGCAGUCGUCUUUUUUCUAAACUAAAAAGCCCCAGGUGUUGUAGCCUUGCCUCAUAAGAAAGGUGCUCCAGGCCCCUGAUCAUCUUGGUUGCCCUCUUCUGCACCUUCUCCAGUUCUACAAUGUCCUUUGCUCACAUCAUUUGUACAUAUAAUAUAAAAAAGCAACUUGUGUCUACUCAGUGUGUAUGUGUGCAGAGGGGGAUUAGGAUCACGCUAAAUGCUAGCCUGCCUUCCCUUUGAAGAACUGUGUGAAGGGUAUUUUAGGAGAAAGAAAAACCUUUCUAGAUCUUCUGUCUGCUCAUUGACAAGAGAGUGCACUAGAGGGUGCUGUAGUCUUACAGAAAAUGUGUCCCCCCCCCCCAAACAAUUUUAGAUGGGGCCGGUUGUGUGUGUGUGCACUAUCCUGGAGAGAAGCAAAAGAAUAUUUAACAUUUAAACAGACAUAAUGCUGCUAGUAGGGCAGACUUUUUUCUGUUUAUCAGGGGAAAAGCAACCAUCCCUAUUCAACCCAGAAUGGCAUUCCUUGCAAUGGGCUUUGUUGGCGUCUUCCUUGGGUGUGUAUGUCUGUGAUUUGGUUUUUCUAACAUUGCUUUCUCACAUCUUUUGUACGUAAACUGCACUGAUAAAUUCUUGUUGAAAAGCCCUGUGUAAAUAUUUUAAAUAAAAUAAUGCAAUAAUCAA